AGCAUUGGCAGUCGCUCGAGAUUUUUAAUUGCUUGUGGAGGCUAUUCCGAGCAUGUUGUCAUUUACAGUAAUUGGCGUAUUUUGUUUAUUCGUUUCCGUUAUCUUUACUCUUGUGACAUUAUAUUUGCGUUGGCAUUUCGAUUACUGGCGUAAGCGCGGCGUGCAUGGCCCCCAACCAAACUUACUCACUGGAACAUUUCCCAAAUCAAGUGCUGGGCAGUGCAACUUACUCGAGGAACUACACGAAAUUUAUCUUCGUUAUAAAGCAACGCAAAAAUAUGUUGGCAUAUUCACUGCGCGCACACCAAAAUUGUUUAUCUGCGAUCCUCAAUUGGCCUUGCAGAUUUUGACGCAACAUUUUAAGCAUUUUCGUGAUAACGAAUCUUCGCAAUGGACUAAUGCGCAUGUGGAGCAAAUGCGGCUUUCCAGUCCUUUUGUCUCGAUAGGUGAGGAGUGGAAGGCUCGACGUUCAGAAUUGGUGCCAGCGCUAACUUUGAACAAGAUUCGCUCCUUUUAUUCCGUCAUGCGUGACAGUGCUCAGAAAACCAUCGAUUUCCUUGCGGCUGCCAGUACUCAAACUCAGGAUGUCAAAGAAGUAGCCAAUCGAUACACCGCUCAAUUCAUGUCCAACUUCAUUUGGGGCAUAGAAGCGAACGCCUUCGCUGUGCCAUCGAAAACGACUGCUCCCAGUGCAUCCCUUUCGCCUGUUCAUUGUAUGGCGAGAGAUAUUAUUUCACAAUCAUUGCAAUGUGUGCGUUACUAUGGACGCACUGCUGCCUGGCCAUGGCUGCGAAAAUUACAUCCCGUACGUUUCUUCCCAAUCGCCGCCGACCGCUUCUUUCAACAGCUACUUGUGGACGCUGUGAAGGCGCGCUCCAAACAAGCAACUGAAGGUGGUGGAGUGCGGCGGGGUGAUGUGAUCGAUCACUUGCAACAGCUCAGGGAUAAAAAAUCCUUAAACGGCAUACAAAUCGCUGGACAUACAACAACAAUUUUGAUUGAUGGCUAUGAGACGGCAGCGAUUCUGAUUGCGCAUUGCCUGCUGCUGCUUGCACGAAAUGCACGCGUUCAACAGAAGCUACGAGAGGAGCUACUCUCCAUUGAUGGCGCUGAUGACAGCUUUGAUGUUCUCAAUGAACUGCCUUAUUUGGAGCAGUGUUUACAAGAGACCCUUCGUCUGUUUCCGCCUCUAUCAACGCUGUUUAAACUCUGCACUAAAACUAUCACUUUGCAAAAUGCUGAUAAAUCUAUUGUAACUUUGCAUCCUGGCGAUGCAGUUUAUAUUUCUACCUACUCUUUCCACCGUGAUGCUGAUUACUUUGAAAAUCCCGAAACAUUCUGGCCGGAGCGCUUUGCUGAGGAGUUGGGUGGUGUGCGCAAGUAUAGAGAAAUGGGUGUUUUUAUGCCAUUCGGUGAUGGCCCACGGAUGUGUCCGGGUAUGAAACUUGGUUUGGCUGAGGCCAAAGUCGCCGUCUCUGAGUUGGUACGGAGUUUUCAAGUAACUCCUGCGUCAAAUAUGCGGACCGAUAACAAAAUCGCUGCUGAUUCAUUUCUUCUGACGCUCGAUGGCACCAUUGAACUUGAGUUCAAGCGGCUGAAUUGAAAUGCAAUUAUGCAUAAAUAUAUGUACAUCCGCACAUACAAGUAUGCAUGA